UUGAAGUGAAGAAGUAGAGUAGAAUUCUCAGCGGUGAGAAAAAUGGCGGCGACACCGCGAAUGGAGUUGGAGAAGAUGAGCGUGGAGCACCUGAGGGGUUUGAAGGAGCAGGUCGAUAUGGACGUCAAUCUACUCCAAGACAGUCUCAACAACAUCCGCUCCGCCAAUGCCCGCCUCGAGAUCGCCUCCGUCGCCCUCCACGACCUCUCUGUCCACCCCCGAGGGAAGAAGAUGCUGGUGCCCUUGACGGCGUCGCUUUACGUGCCGGGAAAGUUGGAUGAUGUGGAGAAGGUCUUAGUGGACGUCGGGACCGGUUAUUUCAUCGAGAAAACUAUGGUAGAAGGCAAAGAUUAUUGUGAGCGUAAAAUUGCUCUGCUCAAGUCGAAUUAUGACCAACUUCUCGAGGUGGCCGCAAAAAAGAGAAGUAUAGCAGAUGAAGCGGGGGCUAUAUUACAAGCAAAGUUGAAGCAUUUGCCCCCCUCAAAGUGAUUGUGUUUUAGAUUGUAACAACUUGGUACUUGCCAUUCUUACAUUUGGUUCUGCUUUAAAAACGUAUUGAGCAGUAGAUGGUUUGAUAGGAGCACAGAGAGUUAAAAUGAUAUUGUUGUUUUGGGAUGGCAGUUUCCGAUCAUAUUCAUGUUUUAUGCUA